AUGGUGGUGGGCGAAGCGAAGCGUACCGCCAACAUCAUGGAUGGCAUUGAGAACACGGGCGACGUGAGGCUCCAUGAUCAUCGACUACGUCUCAAACAGAGAUUCGACAUAGUUAGAAAAUUAGGACAAGGCACAUACGGUAAGGUGCAGCUCGGCAUAAACAAGAAGACCGGCCAGGAGGUCGCAAUAAAGACCAUAAAGAAAUGCAAGAUCGAGUCGGAGGCCGAUCUCGUGCGCAUCCGGCGCGAGGUACAAAUCAUGUCCUCUGUCAGACAUCCGAACAUCGUACACAUAUAUGAAGUUUUCGAGAACAGCGAGAAAAUGAUUCUCGUUAUGGAGUACUGUUCUGGUGGAGAAUUAUACGACUACCUCAGUCAGAAAAAGGUAUUAGAAGAAGAGGAAGCCAGGAGGUUGUUUCGACAGAUCGCGACAGCUGUUUACUACUGUCACAUACACAAGAUAUGCCACAGGGAUUUAAAAUUAGAGAACGUAUUGCUAGAUGACACUGGCAGCGCUAAGAUAGCUGAUUUCGGUCUAUCGAACGUUUUCAAAGAGACUUCGCUGCUGUCCACUUUUUGCGGUUCACCCUUGUACGCGUCGCCAGAGAUCGUCAAGGGGACGCCGUAUAUUGGGCCAGAGGUCGAUUGCUGGUCUCUGGGCGUUCUCCUAUACACUCUAGUCUACGGGGCCAUGCCGUUCGACGGCUCCAACUUCAAGCGUCUAGUCCGACAGAUCAGCAACGGCGAUUAUUACGAACCCAAGAAUCCGUCGACCGCAUCACCGCUCAUUAGGGACAUGUUAACAGUGGAUCCGCUGAAACGCGCCGACAUUGCAUAUAUUUGUGACCAUCCAUGGGUGAACACCGGCUGCUCUACGUCGUGCUUGGAAGUGGCAGAAGCCCUGGCGGCUGAGACCCCCGUGCGGCUGGACCUGCUCCUCUCGCUGGCACCAGCAGCGCCCUCGCACUGCAACUCCGUGGUGGUGCCGCCAGAGAACGAGCUCGGGCCCGAGGAGAGUUGCACGGACCUUACGAGCUCGACUUCGAUGGCCGUCGAGCCGAGCAACUCUGCGGAGAAGAGGAUCCUCGAACUGGUUGCAGAGGGCGGAGAGGAUGCGAUAAAGCCGUCACCUACUCGCACCAUUGUGACAGCCGGCGAGAACAAGCGCAAACUGGAGCUGGCCAUGUCCGCCAGCGGCUUGCAGAGGAAGAAGGAGAAAGUAGCGAGCGCCAGCGCGGCCCAGCUGGCGUCGCAGCGAGCCGCCCCGCUGCCCGAGGAAGCGGCCGCCGACGAGCCGCAGCAACCGCCCGAGCCGUGUCUAAAGUCGUCUGCUACCAUAACCAUAGCGCCAGCGCCGGUCGAACUGGCCAAGGACGCCACCGUGGACAUCGCCAAGAGGGCGCCCAAAGAGGAGUACCAGGAACCAGAAACCACAACUGCUGCCACGCCCAAAGUCGAGGAGAAACCAAGGCCGGAAACGCUUGACCAACCUAAGGCAGACGAGCCGAAACAAGCGUCAGUGGCGGCCGCUGCGGACAAACUCACGUCGCUCUCCCUAACACCGCAAACACCGGCUGCUCCUACGCCGGCUCCCGCCAAACCGAAGAAACUGUCUAUUGGUGGCCAUGUGGGCAGCUUUAAAGAGCAAUUCGAGAGGAGGGCGUCACUUACUGCUGCCCCUGAAAUCAAACGCAACGUCUCCAAGCCUGUCGUGUCGAAGAUCGCGAAGCCCAAAGCGCAAAGCGAAGACAGAGACCUGCCACAGAAGUCGCCUGACAAUGGCACCGUCAGACUGCAACAGAUUGGAAUUGAACCGUCGCAGACUCCAGUUGAAGAGGCAAGGGACAUGAGUCGCAGCGGCGUUAAGAAGACGGAAAGCGAGCCCAUGCACAACACCACUCAGGUGGACCCAUCCGUGUUGCUCCAAGACGCUAGAAGGAGUCUGCAGAACUCCAUGGCCAAGCUGGUUGAGGAGAAAGCGGGUGAGGAAAGCCGAAGACGCGCUGCUCGCGAUAUUAUCUCAUCCGCCAUACGCACUGGCAAGCCGCCGGUGCCGUACGGGCGGUCAUCGUCGGCGGGCGUGACGUCACUGUCCUCCCCGCCCGGCACCCCUCCCGCGGCGCCCCCCUCCGCGCCCCCCGCCGCGCCCCGCCUCUACCGCACCGAGGCGCAGCACCGCGUCGACGACCACCGGCACAGGGGCGUGUCCGUGGAGCGCAUCAUCCCCAUCCACGUGUCCGCGGAGGAGCCGCCCCCUCCGCCGCACAAGCCGCCGCCGGUCACGCCCCCCGCGCCCCCCGCCCCCCGCCGCCCCGCGACAGCACACGCCGCUGAGGUGACGACACACCAAGAGCUCACUCAAACAACACUUUUGCGGCUGGCGUCCGCGGAGUCGCCGACGAGCGAGGCGUGCAGCAGCCCCGGCGAGCCGAUCAAGAAGUCCGCGCGCGAGUUCAUCAUCCCCAUCGCGGUGGAGGGCAAGGGCUACGUGACGCCGCGCCAGCGCAGCCUCGAGCCGGAGGGCGCGCACGCGCACGCGCCGCGGAUCGCGCGCACGCACAAGCCGCGCCGCAUCAGUAGUCUUGUUAGCGGAGGAGAAUCCGAAGAAGAAGAUGAUAAUCACAUGCACCGUCUGAGAUCCACAAGAGCGGCCCGCGCGGAGUCCGUCAGUUCAGGCGAGGAAGAUGAAGAGGACGAGGGCUUCCACCUCCUCACCGCGGAGAACUUAUUCUCCACCCUUUUGCACAGGGUGCGUGCACUGACGCAGCGUCUGAACGGGGAGGAGGGGCCCGGCUUCUCGCAGCAUCCGCACUCGCUCUUCAACAAUCUGCAGUCACCGUUCUUCAAUAGCCCUCACUUACCAAGGAGACAUCUGUUCAAACUGUGCUCUAUUCCGCAGACGCGACGGCUGGGGUUCGCGCGAGCUGCACUCGGACUGGGAGUCGAUGUUCAACAAGGGCCGGCAGCCGAUGCCGCGAGUUGGGUUGCGCGUUACACUGCAUGCUCCGACCAAAUCUUCACUUCACAGCGGCAACAGCGCCAACCACAAACCCGCCACAAACGCCACACAGGAAUAGGUAGCAUUAAGAGAACCGGCAAGAAGCACCAUACGUCAAAGGCACAGCAGCAUCAGCAGCAGCAACAACAGCAACAGCAAAAAGAAAGCGAAAGCGGAUUGGAUCUGUCGGAUUUGGACUUAAGCUCGAUAGAGUUCUCGGAGAGGGAGAUGCGCGCGCUCUCGGGGCUGACGCCGGCGCUGUCGAGGCGGCUCCAGCAGCAGCUGCUCGCCCACCUGCCGCCCGCCGCCGCCCGCUCCUUGCGCCGCACGCUCUCGCUGCACGCGGCGCCCCCCGCGCCCGCGCCCCGCCCCGCGCGCGCCCACUCCGCCUCCAAGUCGAGCGACGAGCCCACCGACGCGGACUCAAUACUCGAACAGCUCGCCUCGUCCGCCGCCGACGCCGAACCCGCCCCCCCACGCGACAACGCUGACGCCCGCACGAGCGGCGAGAAUGACACGCAAGUGCGGCAGACCAACGGCGAUACCAACGAGGUGGACGCCGCCGAAGCGAAGGGCGUCCACCGCCGCUACCUGCGCGGACACUCGGUCAAAUCCGUCGAUGACGACACCUCCACGGAGAACACAAAGGAACCAACACCCGCCGAACGGACAGGGUACACAACCACGAGCGCUUCUACGAAAGAUGUCGAAGAUUCUUUAAUUGUAAAGAAAAAACACAAAGACGGAAAUGUCCGUAAAGAAGGAGAAAUGGAUUUGGCCGCAGCGCACGUGUCACAGUUCUGCACGUUACCGCGGCUCAAGCGAAAUUCAGCGUUGUCUCGGGAAUCUACAUCAUCAGCUUCUAUAAAUGAUCCAGCCGAAAGUGACUUAUCUUCUAAACUUACUGAGAAGGAGCCAACUCAGUCUAGGAGCAGUAGUGUACGUGAUACACCAGAUCGUCCUCUGCUUAGCAAAUAUUUAACGCCCGAGAGACAUUUAUCUUUAGACGAAUCCUAUUCCUCUGACUGUGGUAGCAUAUUAUCUGAACCGAGCUAUAUAGCAGCAUAUGGUGAUAAUGAAAGUGAAAAGAAAAAUAAUUUCGAAAAGAACGGCACGAUAGAAGGCUAUAACAAAAUUGAUACAAAUAAUGCACAUGAUCGCAGUCGUUCCAGAAGUAGGUCUGUUUAUUCAAAUUCUGACGUUAAGUCCGAGCACAGUGUGGAAGUUAAGGUUCCAGGGAAGUCCAUCGACACACGUACCGGAGGCACCUUCCUUAGAUCUACACGUAAUAAUGACUCCAUUAGUCCAGAGAAAGAAGACAUCGUCGACAGAAUACGGAGGAAAAGUUUCUAUUCUAGGUUUAACGAAAAGAAACAAAGACGGAAAAGCAGUUUAGUAGGCCCCGGUGCUACUGAGUACGACCCAGUGGCGAGACUACACUCGCAGCCAUCCGAGUCCAAAUACGACGUCUCACCGACUUCUCCGCUGCAUUACGACCUGUCGCCUGGUUAUUCUGUUGCUUCAGACUUGUCGCCGUCAACGGACCGCUACAGAUCCCUACUCUCCGAUCUUCCGAGCAACAGGAGCAGUUUAAGAUAUGAUGGGCUGAACGAUAAAGUUGAUACGUAUCGAUCCCUCGACCGCAACGAUUUUAGGAAGUUUUCAGGCAGAAGUUACUUAGAUUACGAUCAAUCUGGAACGUAUGGAACCCACCGAUACUCUAGAACGAAAUCACUCUUAGAAAAUUCGGAUGGUAGCGAAGACCAUAGUUUGAAUCAUCUGAGGGAUCCAGUCAAAUACAAUAGAACCAAUUCUUUGUUCACAUCGGGAAACUAUGCUACAUAUAGACCAAAGAGAACCAGAAAUUCCGCUAUCAUAUUAAAAGAGAGCGAGAAAGAACCGAGCCCUGAAAACAUCAUGGACAAAAUAAGGAACAGAAAGAUCACAAUCAGCGUGACAAGGAAGCCAGAUUCUGAGGACUCACUGCCAAGAUCCAAUGUCCCACCUAAAGGCGAAGGCGACAGUGCAGAAUGCUCUGAGAAAAUUGAC